GCUGCGUUAAUGAUUGCAAUUAACAUACCACGAAGCCUGUUGAUGACGGGCUGUGAUGUUGAGUGACAUUGUCCUGACAGACCCCGGGACAGAGUUCUAAGGAUUCUUGUUAACACGGGCAGGAUUUCGUACCAACCACGUGUACCGACCAGAGCUGGUAGUCUCCACUUAAACCUACCAACACACACAACUGCGGGUCAUAUUGAAAUCUUGGAACACGAAGGGAUGAAAUAGACAGUUCUGACGCAGAGUGGAAUUUCACAGUGAAGAAUAUCACAUGUAACCAGUGGAAUUUCAUAGUGGUGUUUCGGUGCUGUUGAAAUUGGAUAUUCCAAACUGAAUUCUAUCAUGGACAUUUAAGUGAUAGAAUUGUUGGUGAGAGGAACUGAAGACUGUUAUCUUUUAACCUUUCUGACAACGUGACAUUCAAAAAGUUCGUUCGGAUACUUUUAAAGGAUUAUUUUUCGACAAUAGUGCAUAAUUCGCCGACACGACAAUUUGUGUGUGGCUAUUUAAGGAUAAGCUAUUAGUAUAUCUUCAGGGUGUUUUCCCACCUUUUCCAGAUACCGUUAUUAUAUUUAUAAUCUCCGGAUCGAAACAACUGCCUUUAUAGUGCUGUCGGGAACGUCUGAUCCAAGUACAGACCACAUCCGAGGACAGAUUUUCGCCGGAAGGAGCGUUUUUGGAUUAAAAAGGAACCAGUAUGGGUAAACACAGAAGAGAAAUUACAAAUUGUCUACAGGACCCAUUACAAUACAAGCUUUGUUCCCGCCAUAUCUGUGUGGAAGUUGAUACGCCUUGUCCAUGUCUCACAGACGAAUACCAGUGUUCGGACGGUACCUGUAUACCUCAUAUGUUCCUUUGUGACGGACGGAAGGACUGCCUAGACGGACGAGACGAAGGUCGCUGUGUCGUCGAGACCAUAGACACCAGCGCUAUAUCAAUGUCCCUUACCCUCGGAAUCAUCGCUGGAUGCAUCUUCCUCCUCAGUAUCAUCGGUCUCGUCGUCUUGUUUUUUAUUUGGCAACGAAAUAGGCGACGCAAUAUUUCGAACUCUGGUAAUGAGCCAUUGAAACCAGAAUCCAACUAUACAGAUGUGACGUCACACCACAUGUGUCUUCACCAUGACAACCACCCUUUAAUGCCAACUAAGGACAGUGUACAUCCUCUGAUUACUCAGGAGGAGCAAAUGGUUGUAAAAGGGGAAAAAGAAAAAACUUAUUCGAAAACCGAAAACGGAAAUCUAACGUCGAUCAUGCGUCGGAGCAUGCUUCUGUACCAACCUUUCGAGCAGCAGAGUAGCUAUAAUAUGUUUUCUUCACUGGAUAUAGACUUUGGGGAGGAGCUUCUGUGUACAUCGACCCCUAAACAGGGGAAAAGGGGACAACUUCGACCAAUCAUAACGCUCGACACAUCGCCAAUAAAGGACACGUCAAAAGGGGACUUGUCCAAGGCACUUAAUCUCUCCAUGUUCUCUUCUAUAACGUGAUUUGUGGUCCCUCACUCAAAUGUGUCCGUCUCACCCGGACCACGGUAUGUCUCCUAUCCGUUACGUGAUGUGACUUUGGUGUGCAUGCAGUCUAUCAUUCGCUAAUGAUGUCACAGACGACGCUACCAAUGAUCUUACAGUGCCGUAAGAUCUAUUAUGAACCAGGUUAAUUCUUGCUACUAAUUCCUCUUUGUUCAACUUUGUUUAAAACGCAUUGCCAAGCAAGGUGUCCAUAUGCAACCUAGUCAUAAAAAGCAUUUACAAACCGCCCAAUGUGAUCAGAUCGAGCAUGUGUGUUCCUAUUUGAAGUUCAACUUCCAAAGGUCUCCAAUAUUUUCGAAAAGAAUUUCGUAUGACUGACAUUCAGCAUUAGUUGUUUGUCUGCCAAAUUGACCACUAACUAUGAUAUGGAAGUGCACCAAUCGGAAGACACCUUGAGUUCCAUUGGCAUUCUUUAAGAUCGAAAUACACUCCGAGUGGAUAGUCUGACGGUACCAAUAGAUGUAAGUUUAUUGGUGAACACACGCAGUCAAAGAGUGGUUUGUGGGGCGCUUAAUGUGGAAAAUCAAAGGAUGUAUAACAAAUACAAGUACAUAUUAAAGAUGUGCAAGACUUGAGACAAUAUUGUGCCAGACUAUUGUGCUUAAAUCUGUGCAUGGAAAGGCCGACGAGUACAAAGUUAUGUUGAAGACAUGGAAGCCAGCCUGUGUGUUAUACGAUAUUUCCUUGUCACAAGUGUAAUAGUCUCUGUGACGUUGUUGAUACAUAGACACUGGAAACAGAGUUAUUUCGCGAGGUUUUACAUUUAAGCGGUUUAUUUGCGAGGAGUGUUGAUUACAAGCUCGUUAUUUUUUAACCUUAGUACAUUUGUAAUAAUUGGUGAAUAACUUUAUUAUAUAUCUGUCGCAAAUUCACAUAUUCAGGAGUUGUUUUUGCAAGAAUCUAUAAAUGCUCGCUAAAAUGAUCCGAUUUGCAGUAUUAUUUUCUUCUAUGGCGAUGUCAUCAAUAUGUAAUUACGUGUUACUAGUAACAAGCAGGAGGUAGAUAAUCACAUUUUCUUUAUUUUUGCCGUUUUAGACACAGAAAGUAUUUCUUUAUAAAAAACGCUACCAAAUUUGAA